AUGGCCACCAUGCAAACCGAUAUGAAGACACUGCAAGAAACAGUAUCUAAAGGACACAAACAGGAAAGCAGAGAGGAAAGUGGUAUGUAUGUAUACGUAUCGCUUAGUCAGUCGAAACGUGGAUGUCAGAAAUGUCAAGAUGAGGGUAUGCCCAAUGCAUGUGAUCAGUGUUUCAUUUGUGGUGGUUCAAACCACAUUGCAUUUGUGGUGGUUCAAACCACAGGCUUAAACAUAGGAAUCUGGGAAACCGGAAAGGACUGCCCCGAGGGCCAGGGAGUAGCCCCACCAAAAGAAUCAACAAAGUCCCAUCAUUGUAAUAACUGCUCAACGAAAGAAACAGUGUCUG